AAAUAAAAAAGGUGAGUAAGAAGAAUUUGUCUUUCUUUCUUCAUUUGUUGGUUGUUAGGUUACUUAAAUCGGCAAAAGAGAUUUGAUGAACUUGGUCAUAUGCUUUAAAGCGUGCAUACAUUUUUGGGGGUGAUACAAGUUGUCAAAUCUUUUCCUUUAACAAUUUGAUUUCCUUCUCACCUUUUUUCUUAUCUUUCCAGCUUCCAUUGAUUUAAAGUUUCUACCUUUUUCUUAUCUUCAAGUGUGAUAUAUAGUGAGAAGAUUGCAGAAGCGUGUCCAAUUUGGUUCCCUCUCUCUGAAAUCACUCAAUCAUGGGGAUUUGCUUGAGUGCUCAGGUCAAAGCUGAGAGCUCAGGGGCGAGUCCGAAGUAUGACGCCAAAGAUACUGCAAGUCUUGGGAGCAAGGGUUCGUCUGUGUCUGUAAGACCAAGCCCUCGAACUGAGGGUGAGAUCUUACAGUCUCCAAACCUCAAGAGUUUUAGCUUUGCUGACCUUAAAUCCGCAACCAGGAAUUUCAGACCAGACAGUGUGCUUGGUGAAGGUGGAUUCGGUUGUGUGUUCAAAGGAUGGAUUGAUGAGAAGUCUCUCACUGCCUCAAGACCAGGCACUGGUUUGGUUAUUGCCGUCAAAAAGCUUAACCAAGAUGGUUGGCAAGGUCACCAGGAGUGGCUGGCUGAAGUGAAUUACCUUGGUCAGUUUUCUCAUCGUCACCUUGUGAAGCUGAUCGGUUAUUGCUUAGAGGAUGAGCACCGUCUUCUUGUUUACGAGUUCAUGCCUCGGGGUAGCUUGGAGAAUCAUCUUUUUAGAAGGGGUUUGUACUUCCAACCGUUAUCUUGGAAACUCCGGUUGAAAGUUGCUCUUGGUGCUGCAAAGGGCCUUGCUUUUCUUCACAGUUCCGAGACUAGAGUGAUAUACCGAGAUUUCAAGACUUCUAAUAUCCUUCUUGACUCGGAGUACAACGCAAAGCUUUCUGAUUUUGGGUUGGCCAAGGAUGGGCCAAUAGGUGAUAAAAGUCAUGUCUCUACACGGGUCAUGGGUACGCACGGAUAUGCAGCUCCCGAAUACCUUGCAACCGGUCAUCUAACAACAAAGAGUGAUGUGUAUAGCUUUGGGGUUGUCCUUCUGGAGCUGUUGUCUGGUCGUCGAGCCGUGGACAAGAACCGUCCAUCCGGAGAGAGGAACCUUGUGGAGUGGGCUAAACCAUACCUCGUAAACAAAAGGAAGAUAUUCAGAGUCAUCGAUAAUCGUCUUCAGGACCAGUACUCUAUGGAAGAAGCAUGUAAAGUGGCUACUCUGUCUCUGAGAUGUCUCACCACAGAGAUUAAGCUGAGACCAAACAUGAGCGAGGUUGUUUCGCACCUCGAACACAUUCAGUCUUUAAAUGCUGCAAUAGGGGGAAAUAUGGAUAGAACAGAGAGAAGGAUGCGUAGGAGAAGUGACAGUGUUGUCAGCAAAAAAGCAAAUGCAGGUUUUGCUCGACAGACUGCUGUGGGCAGUACAGUUGUUGCUUAUCCUCGCCCAUCAGCCUCACCACUGUAUGUCUGAAGUAAGUAUAAACACGUCCUGUGUCUGUAUUUUGAUAAAACAUUUGCAGGACAUUAAGUUCCUAUAUCAUGACCUGUCUACGGAAUCUGGAUGUACAGUUUUUGUCUCUGUUAAUGUAAGAUUUGAUACAGUUCAUCUCUCAUUACACUACGACAAACAUUUAAUU